GGGUGUGCCUAGAUCACGUGACCAGAACACGGAAGCACACCGAAGCGGAACUUUUUGACGUCUUCGAAACUUUUUUUCAUUUCUUUUAGUUGAGUUUUAAUAACAGCACGAUCUGAUGGGAGAUGAAAAAACAACCAGCUGGGUGCUGCUGUCCGUCAGAAAUCCCCUGGAGCAACGUGAAGCACGGCGACAGCGGAGAUGGCCGAGCAGUUGCAGAGGCUCGUGGCGGAGAAGAAGGACAUGGUGGAGACUGUGAUGGAGGUCUUCGAGCAGGGCGCCGAGGUCGUGGCCGGCAUUGUGGGCGACAUCUUCCCGGUCUUCUCCAUCGCCGCUCCCAUCGUCAAGUUGGCGCUGGACAAUGUGGAGAGCAAGGAGGCGGCCUUCAUGAAGGAGCAGUUCCAGAAGGUACGCGACCGACUGGACGCCGUCUCCGACCAGAUGCGGCGCAUCCACGAGGAGAUCAAGAAGAGCGGCAUGGACGCCACCUACUUCUCGGUGGAGGAGAACAUCACCAACCAGUUCCGCAAGUACAUGGACAUCCUCAACGCCAAGGCCAAGUUCCGGGAAGUCAAGAAGAAGCUCUUCCUGGAUCAUUUUGACAAGACUGGCGGCGACAAGAACCUGCACGUUCUCUACAACGCCGUGACGGGCGACAACUUCUCGAGCGAGUCGGUGCUGGAGAUCGUCCUCAACUACGAGGAGAAAAGCCGUCGGCCCCUGGAGGAUUUCUGUGCCCGGCUGAAGAAGCUCUUCUGCCUGGGACUCAUUGCCCUGCUGGGCCACGCCGCCCUGAAGGGCUACGAUGAAGAAGACGCUCUCCUCAAGGAGUGGGGCGAGAAGAUAAAGGAGGUGCAGAAGAAGAUGAACGCCGUGAUCGAGGACUGUGUGGUCAGCUUCCCCAAGCAGGCCGAGCUGGACGCCCGGCGGCUGGUCCGAGACAACCCAGCGUGGAGCAACCAGCAGCUGGCCGAGGCCAUCGUGGCUAAGCUGAAGAGCAAGUACGACUGGGUGGGCUGGUCGGUGCGUGUCUUCAAGUCGCCCACAGGUCUCUUCGCCCCCAAGAACUUCCACUGCCUGGCGGGGAGGAGUCGCUUCCAGGUGCCCACCUCGGACGACAAACUCAACGUGGUGGUGUCCUACAGCUCCUCGCCCGAGCCGGUGGAUGCUGCCCGAGUACGGGAGUUGAUCCAGAGCAAGAAGAAGCUGGACGUGGUCGCCGUGGCCGAGAUGCUUUUCCAGGAGGUGCCCGGCGAAUGCGCUGUCCAUGCCGUCAAGACCAGCAAGGAUCUCGCUUGCGUCUGGAGCUUCGGUGACGAGCUGCACUACUGGGAGCAAUACAAAAACUUGUACGUGUGCCUUCACUCAGCCUAACGGCUGACGUCAGCGCUUGCCGCGCUUGUUCUCAGAUGCACCAUUUGUCCCGAGAAGCCAGUUUGACAUGCGCUGGAAAGAAAAGACGCAAGUCUGCCUUUUUGUUUUGAAGUGGCCAGUUUAGGAUCCAAACAUCAUCCCGGCGACCCCAAUUUCAAUUUGUCCUUUUCUGACAUCAUUAGCACACAGCUAACGCAACCAUCGACUUAUGUUGCUCUAUAUUUGCUUUAUUCACAUUUAUGUUCUGUACUUUAUGAAUGUAUCCACCGUGCUGUUAUUCACGAUCAAAUUUUGGAUUGCGUAAGAAAGUUUAUCAUCGGAGCAUUUUUCUGUACUUUAUGAAUGUAUCUGCCGUGCUGUUGUUCACCACUAGGAUCAAAUUUUGGAUUGUUUAAGAAAGUUUAUCAGCGGAGCAUUUUUCCUCAUAUUUACCAAAGAUGUAUCUAUGGAGAGUAUUUCAUUCCAUUGGGAUGGUUAUUCUGAUAGAAUUAUCAAAAUAAACAUCAAAAUACA